AUGUUCAAGUUACAGAGGCAAAACAACAAGUCAUCCAAAUCGGGGGAGAGGAUUGAUUUCAAGUUCUCAAAUUUUCAAGCCCUUCAGGUACCAAAAGGAUGGGACAAGCUUUUUGUGUCUAUUAUCUCUGUGGAAACUGGAAAAACAAUUGCAAAAUCAAACAAAGCACUGGUGCGGAAUGGAAAUUGUCAAUGGACAGAGACUCUGUCGGAAUCUAUAUGGCUUUCACAUGAUGAUUCUCCAAAAGAACUUGAAGAGUAUCUUUUCAAGCUUGUUAUUACUAUGGGAUCAGCUAGAUCUGGCAUCCUUGGAGAAGCUACUGUCAAUAUGGCACAAUACAUGAAUUCAAAGGCCUCUGCUCCUGUUUCUUUGCCAUUGAAAAAAUGCAAUUAUGGGACUACCUUACAGGUUAAUGUUUUUACCUUGCUUAUGGAUGCUGGAGCAAUUGAGCUAAGUCUUACAGUUGCCAAUCACCCACCCCCGACUACUCUUCUGCUAAUGCAUUUAGGUUCUGGUUGUGCACAGGAUGAAGGAUCAAAAGACUCAGUUCCACACAUGGAUGAUCAAAAUGUAGAUAACCAUGAUCUGUGCAACAAGUCAAAUGGCUCUGAUAAUUCAUUAGCCAGGAGUGGUGGAUCUCCUUCAAGUCAAGAUUUGGGCUCCACCUCACAUCCAGGAAAAUUAGGAAGCAGGGAAACAAGUUAUUCGGCAUUUGGUUCUGAUCACAGCUUCAACUCAGCAGACAGUUCCAUUAGAAGGGACAAUAUCCUCCUGAAAAAAGACUUGAAUGGUGACAUUUACAACAUGCAUGGAAGAAAAGAGGCAGCCAGCUCUGGAAAUAUUUUCCCGGAUGGUGAUUAUUUUGUCAAUGAUAAUUCUACGUCAAAUCACUCAUCCUUCAAUUCAAGGGUUGUGGGCUCAGGGGAUGAUUUGCAGAAUCAAGAAACAGAGUUUGGGCAAAGUUCUUCACAUGUUAUUGCUACAUCAUCCCUGACAAAUGCUGGUUCUUCCAAAAACCUACUGGAAGCAGCAGAAGACACCAUUGAAGAGCUUUGUUCAGAAGCUAAGAUGUGGGAGAGAAAUGCACGGAAGCUAAUGCUCGAUCUAGACAUAUUGAGAAAGGAAUUCACUGAUCAAUCAAAGAAAUAUGCAAAUCUGGAGAUGGAGCUUUCAGCAGCAUACAUGGAACAUGAAGGAUUGAAGAAAGAAGUUGAGCAAGCGAAACUAAUGUUGGAGGAGACAAUGAUGAAACAGAAAGCCCCAAAAGAUUCAGUCUAUCAAUCUGAAGGUUUAAUUUGUAUUGAGAAGGAACUGGCAAAUGAGAUAAAAUAUCAGCAAGAAUCAUAUGCUAAUAUGGCUCUACAGUUGAAAAGUAGUCAAGAAUCUAACAUUGAGCUUGUCUCUGUUCUUCAAGAACUGGAGGAUACCAUAGAAAAGCAGAAAGUUGAGAUAGAAAAUCUUUCUGAGCUACAGCGGAGGUUCAAUGAUAUGGAAAAAUCUAUCCAGGAGAAUUCAGAGGAAAACAGAAAUUUAGUAGUUCAGCUGCAACAACUGCAGGAAUCGGAGAAGACACUGCAAGUUAACGUUCAAUUGCUCGAACAAUCCUUGAAUGAGAAAAAUAAUGAGUUGGAGAAGGAACGGAAUUCAUAUAGGCAGACACUUUUGGAUACUGAGAAAGAAUACAAGUGUAAGUUAUCUGUUAAAGAAGAAGAAAUAGCCAGUAUACAAACAAAAUUAUUAGAGUCUUGUGAAAGAAAACAUUCAGAGGAAGCAGUGUCCACUCAAAAAAUUGAUGUUGAUCCGGUACAAAGUAUUGAAACCUUAAAGGAAAAGGUGGAGGAGCUAGAAAGAGAUUGCAGUGAGCUCACUGACGAGAAUCUCAAACUCCUUUUCAAGCUGAAGGAAUUGAAUAACAAUUGUGGGCCAAGAUGUGCAUCUUUUAAUUCAUCCAGUGAACUUCCAGCUAAAUAUUUUGCUACUUCUGACUCUGAGGUGAGUAAAUUUGAAUCCCAAAUUUACCAUCUGGAAGAGGAGCUUAAGAAGAAAGUGGUUGAGGAGGAACAGGCAUCUAAACUUUUGCCUGAAUUGUGUAAACAACUUGAAAUGGCUCUUCACCACAUAAAGAAGCCAUGGCAUAAUGUCUCUUAUGAUGUUAAUGAUGUGUGUAAAUCUUGUAUUGAUUAUUUUUUGAAUGAGAGCAAAACAGAUUCAAUUGCUUCAAAAGGGUGGGCUGAAUAUAGUACUAACUGUUUCUCUGAGCUGAACAAAUUAUUGGAAGCAAGGAUUGCUCAGUGUGAAGAAGUUCUUAAACGUGGUGCAAUAGAGAUCAAAGAGAAGAACAUUACUGCAGCAGAAGCUCAAACGAAGUUAGAAGACUACAUUUUGAAGUUUCAAGAACUUGAGACAACAAAGAGAGGACUAGGAGAGGAAAUGGCUGAAAAAAUAUCCAUGGUGGAGAAGCUCGAGACUGAUUUGCUGUCAAAGGAACAGGAGAAUGACUUUAUUAGACAGUGUCAGAGGGAACUAGAAGCACAGGUUUCUGCCCUUCAAAAGGAAAAUGACAAGCUGGAGGAUAACAUAGAAACUGUGCUCAGGGAAAGUAAAAUCACCUCUAAAUGCUUGGAUGCUUUACGAAAUGAUCUCGUGGUGCUUAGCAGCAGUGUUGAUUCCCAUGUUUCUGCUAACAAUAUUCUUGAGAGCAAAUUAUCGGAGCUAGAAUGUCAGAAACAUGAAUUGGAGCUUAAUGUAUUGAAGCUGCAAGAAGAAAACAAGCAGUUAUCAGAAUGCAUAUCUGGCUUGGAAACUCAACUCAGGUAUAUGUCAGAUGAGAGGGAAUACAGUCGAUCGGAGCUAGAGAAUUCCCAAGCUAAUGUUUCACGCCUACAAGAUGAGAUUGGAAGAUUGGCUAUUGAUUUGGAGACACAAAAAGGAGAUCUCAAACAAAAAUUACAGCAUGUGCAGAGUCAGUUGUCAGAAUCUGAAUGGGAGGGCAAAACUCUGAAAAUGGAAAAUGAGAAAUUACAAGCAUCUUCCGAGAGUCUCAUUGAGGAAUACAAAGUUCUUAAGGACUCAAAUGGAGAAUUGAGGAGGCAGAAAGUCGAGUUGCAGGGGCAUUGUAAACAGCUGGAGGUAGAAUUGAAGGAAUCACAAGAAAGUUUGUCUGAUUACUCUGAAAGAAUUGAAGCUUUUGAGAAAAAUCUGACUUCACUGUUAGAAGAUUUUUCUUUGAAAGAGAAAGCCCUAACAUCAGAAUUAGACGGCCUUCUUCAAGAAAAUAAGGAACACAAGGAGAAACAUGUUCUUCAAGAAAGUUUGUUAAAUCAAAUGUGCUUGGAGAAGACAUCUGAAGUUGAGAUCCUUCAGAGGAAGGUAGAACACCUGGCCAAGCAAAUUUCUGCAGCCCAUGACGAAAGAGAAAGAGUUGCUUCGGAAGUUGUUCAUGAACUAUCCGGUUUACGUGCUGACAAAGCAAAGUUGGAAUCCGCACUUCAGGAAGCUCAAUCUAAAGUAGAAUCGGCUGAGCUUGAGCUGGAUACUUUCCGAACAGAUUCAGAGUUUCAGGUUCAAAGCUUGAUGGCCGAGAUUGCUGCAUCCAAACAACUGAUGGCUGACCAUGCAAAAAUAUUGAAGUUGUUGGCUAAGUACAGGUCAUGCGAAGAGACACUCAAAACAGCAGUAAAUGACCUCGAGCUGAAACUUACUGUUUCUGAAUAUGAACGCCAACAACUUAUUAAAGAAACGUUCAGUUUAAAGGCUCAGUUGCAGAAAAUAGCACCUCUUCAAGAUGAAGUCUCGGCUUUAAAGAGCAAGCUUAAUGAUUUUAAGUUUGAAAAGGAAAAAUUGGAAGCCUCACUGCAUUCAAUAUCUAAAGAUUGUGAAGAACUUGAGGCUGAGAAAAUUUUAUUUGUUGAUAAAAUUUUAAACCUGCAGAAAGACAUGUCCGAGUUUGAGGACUGCAAAUAUAAGAAAGUUGUCUUAGAAGAAAAGCUUCGGCAGAUGGAGGGUGAUCUAGAAGCAAAAGAGGCACUCUAUGCACAGGAAGCUGAGCUGAGAAAUGAGCAUCAAUUGAAAAUACAACUACUGGAGGAGGAGAAGGAAGAAUACUUGCGAAGGGCUCAAGUCUUGGAGGAAGAUCUGAAACUGAUGGAGGAAAAAAGGCAAGAUCGAAACGAGUCUUUCAGUAAAAGGAAUGGAAUACAGAAGAGCAACAAUCAACAAUUUGAUAGCAGAAAAAGAACAGCCGCAAAGACUAGUCAAUCACGAAAACUACUUACAGAUAGACAAAAUUCACAAAGAAGUCAAUGUCAAACAGAGGGUGGUAAUGAGCAUGAAUUUUAUGAUGGAAGUCCACAUGCUGAAGUGGAUCACAUGGCAAAAAUUCAGUUGCUUGAGAAUGAACUUGCUGAGGCAACGGAGGCAAAUAACAAGUUUAAGACUCAGCUUCAGAGGCUUUCCUCUGAGGGGCGGAACAUUCAUACAGCUGCUCUUAGGAAAUCAAUGGCUGAAGGUGAAGUAGUGGCAAAAGAGAGGUAUGAGCGAACCAAGUCAUCACUAGAGACAGAGUUAAAAGACAUUCGUGAGCGCUAUUUCGAAAUGAGUCUCAAAUAUGCUGAAGUAGAGGCCCAGCGUGAGGAUCUUGUGAUGAAGCUUAAGUCAGCCAGUAAUGGAAAGAGGUGGUUUUUGUGAAUCGAUUACCUUUCCAAUGGAGUUUUUCUGUCAAUCAUAGGUAGAUAUGUCCAACAAUAUGUUCAUUUUCUCAAUUUUUUGGCUCAGAUUCCUACGAUUGAGAAUACGUACUUAAGGGAUGUGGAUAAUAAAUAGAUAACUGAAAUGAAAACUACUUGUUCAUAAUGGAACAGUUGCAUUAUGGCUGGCAGAAUGUCAACUAGUGUGAGAUAUGUAUAACCAACCACAGCCAUAAAAGAAUAUGCAAUGUCUCCAUUUUUCUUCAACAUGGGUGUGACUAUUUUAUGAAGUAGAGUUUUGG